AGGAUCUCUACAAGCCCCUUUGAUGGUCUGCCAAAGAAAACUGAUCUUCCCUGAACAGUUCUCUUUCUGACAAGUCUAGUAGUCAUGAAAACACUGCUGCUGUCUUCUUUCCACACUGGUCUUAUAAAUAUUCAUGAUACAGUCUCUGUUAUUAUAACUGCUGACAUUAUGGAACAUGAGGUUACAUAAGACUCAACAUUCAAACGCUGUGGAAUGGCCUGCAUGGCAAACAACUUCAACAAGAGCAGCUGACGCCUAAAAAUAGCAGCAUUGGCCAUGUGUGUGUGUGUGUGUUGGUCAAGAGGGGAUUCAGUGCAGACAUGACACAAAUGACACUACAGUCUUUAUGGCUGGGCUAGGUAGGACCCGUGACUUCGACAGAACUAGAUUUCACAGGUGAGAUUUGAAACUGACAUACGUUAAUAAGAAAAUAUUUAAUAAAACAAAAAACCCGCUGAGACGUUUCUAGAGUAUAUUUCCUUUGUGCAAUUUUGGACUGUAGCAAUGCUAACUUACGCUAACUUUAGUAUUUCCUUUGAGCUUUGAAGCUGUGUUUGAUCCCGAAAACAUGGAGGAAGACCGACUGCUUGAUUAUACUGUUCAGAUGAGCAUUCAAGAAUCUUGCAGAAAAGAAUUAUCAUGUGUAGAGAGUGAUGAACAUCUGAAGAUCAUAAAGGCUAUUGAUCAAGGUGACAUACUCACCCUCCAAGAGCUGACAGGAUUUCCAACAGGCUUUAAUGAGGCAGAUGACUGUGGCUGGUACCCUCUGCACAAGGCAGCUAUCCAAACUUUGGUCCGGGUGCUGGAGAUAGUGGUGAAUGCAUCUUCAAUGUUGACCCUGGAGGAGAAGACAAGGACGGGAGAAACACCGCUAACUCUAGCAGUUAUGGCUGGUCAAGUGGACAAUGUAAAGAUACUACUGGAUCAUGGAGCAUCUCCUCAUAACACCAACAGCAAGAAUGAAUCCCCUUUAUUUCUAGCUGUGAGAUUUGGUUCGUAUGAAAUGGCAUGUGUUCUGCUCAGCAGAGGAGCUUGUGUGGAGCAGGUCUGUCUGAAGCGGUGUACUGCUGUUCAUGAAGCAGCGAAGGUGGGCUGCUCUGAUAUCAUGGAGCUACUGUUACAACAUGGAGGCCGGGUCUCUGAGAUAGAUCAAGACGGCGUGACUCCAAUAGCGAUUGCAGCAGAGUACGCCCACUCAGAUGUUCUUGAGAUCCUUAUUCACAAUGGUGGCGAUGUGAAUGCACAGGCACCCAACGGGGACAGUGUACUGUUUGAUGCUGCAGGAUCUGGGAAUACAGACUGUAUAUACCUACUUCUAAGACAUGGAGCCAACCCUAACGUGCCUAGCCUGUCGUCACAGCUACCUAUUCAUCGAGCAGCAUAUGAGGGCCAUUACAUGGCACUGCAAAUGUUCAUUCCAUUAACCACUAGAAGGGCAAUCAGACUUUCAGGCCAGAGUCCCGUUCACGCUGCGGCUGAUGGAGGCCAUGAACAAUGCUUACAGCUACUUGUGGAAAAGGGAUUUGAUGUUAACUCUCUCCUAGACUUUCAUAUCUCUGAAAACUACGGAGACAUGAGGAAAAGUGCGUUGUACUUUGCUGUCUCCAAUGGAGACGUCCCAUGCACAGAAAUGCUGCUGAACUCAGGAGCCCAACCUGACCUUGACCCUCUACGCUGCCUCCUGGUGGCGGUGAGAGCUGGGAGUUAUGAGAUCGUGGAGAUGCUUUUGGCCAGACAGGCUGACGUCAACUGCUACUUCACAGUGGUGAGUGACACUGUGUUUCCCACGGCUCUGCAGUACUGCUUGCGGGACGAGAGGAUGAUGCGUCUGUUGCUCAACAACGGCUAUGACGCAGAUAAAUGUUUCUGCUGUAACCAUGACAAUACCUGGAAUGAACUGAGGGACCAAACAGAUUGCAACUCGCAAGAAAAAGUUCCUUUCUGCGAUUUCAUCAGCGUUUGCUGGCUGGUCCAAUUGGCUGGGAUAGCUGUGUGGAUCCUUCUGGACUAUGUGGGCCAAGUGCCUCUCUGUUUGAAGCUAAGACAGAUCCUAGAGAAGCACCAGGAGUGGCCUCAGAUUUGUUACCUAUUAACAAACCCCCGUUCACUGACACAUCUGUGCAGACUGGUGAUCAGGAAAGAGAUGACACCGAAGAGGCUGGGGGACCCCAACAUCAGGGACUCCAUCCCCCUUCCACCCAGACUGAAAGAAUACCUACUCUACAAAGAACAUGAUUUUGUGACAUAAUAACAUAAAUGAACGACUGAAAAUGUGUUGUUCAUCUGUUGCCAUGGAGAACACUGAAACGGUUCACAUAAAAACAGAAAUGAUGGUUAUUAAGAAUGCCCAUGACAGACACACAGUCAGGAUCACGUUAAUGCACUUGUGAUUUAAAAAGACAUUUCAGCUAUAUAAUAUAAUCGCAGGAGUGCAGUUAACUUCUAAAUUUGACGCAACUCCCCGUCUCUCCUCUGACAUAAGAUUGUCGUGCUACGCCACGUUGAAUAAGUACCCCAUAUGAUUGUGACAGAACUAUAAUGGCACCAGUCUGCUGUAGUAAUCCUUUUGUCUAAGCUUUCUCAUGUUUUGGGUGCUACAGACGUGACCCAAUCCUUCAUUCGAUUUGUUAUAUAUUUUUGGUCGCUAUAGCCAGAGGUGAGUCUAUUUGUUCUGUAUCUAUAAAUGAGACCCAGACGUUCAUUCUAAAUAUGAAGUUGCCCUGCAGGCUGUGAAAAGUAUCUCUUGUGUUUGCUAAGCAACUACAAACAACAGUCAGUGCCCAACAUCUUUAAAGUAGCCAGAAAACAACAACAGAAUAUCUGUAUUUGCGUUUGUUCAAGUUGUGUUACCCAUUUAAAUGCAUUUAUAAUGAGCUGGAAUGUGGGGUUUUGAGUAGGGUCUGCAUGUAUGCUGGGCCUUUGUAUUACAGUACAUGAUAUCCCGUAUAUCCCUCCCAAAUAUAUCCAACUGUACCAUAAUAUAUUUAUCUCACAUGUAAUUCCAACUAGUACAUUUACUUAUUAUACAAAAUAUUGGUGCUCAACCUUCUUGUUUAACUGUACAGUACCAUACGUACCACACUUGGCCGCCCAGCUAAAUGCAGUAGUCAGGCUGUGGGUGAAGUAAAGAAACAUAUAGUUACCGUAAACAUAAAAACUAAUAAAGCAGUUGGCGUCAGCUUAUGUUAUUGCAGACAUUUUGAGAUUCAGGACUGACUCGAAGAACCACAACAAUGCAGGACUAACGAGGAAAAGCAUUCAAAAACAGUAGGAGAGACGUCUUUGUUGAAGAAUCUCAUGGUGAGUGUAAUUCUCAGUUCCGUGUUGCAAGGUACUCCGACAUUUGUCCUAUUUUCAUUUUUUUCUAGUUAUAUUUCUUAAUUUGGAGGACAGAAAGCCAUGCCUUACCAAGCCAUACCUAGCUGACAUGUUGUGAUGAAAAAGCGCUUUAAUAUUACAAAAACAUGAGAAACUCAAAUCCUGAAGCUAGUUAGCAAGCCCACAUCGAUGACAAUGUGACUAAGGCUAUCUAGAGUUUAAAAUACAUUGUUUCUACUAUUCCCCUUGUAGACUCUAGAGCAGGGGCAUCCAAACAGUCCCAUGGAGGGCCAAGUGUCUGCAGGUUUUCCAUCUCUCCUUGUACUUGAUUGAUUAAUUAGGUCACUAAUUGGUUAGUGUCUACCCUCACCUGGUAGUUUAGGUAUGAACUGGGAGCCAAUUUAAAGGAAAAACCAAAAACCCGCAGACACACGGCCAUCUGUGGAACUGUUUGGACACCCCUGCUCUAGAGGGAUGAACUUACCUUAUUACUAUGGGAAACAUGUAACAGAGGCCAGCGAGCACAGUGCUGUACAAUGAGUGAAAACCUCCCUCCCCGACCCUAGGUGUACUCUAUCCACUCGCUAGCACUAGAAAAAGACACACUCUCAUUCAUUUCCAAUGAGAGCCAGCAAAUCAAAGCAGCAAUGGGCAGGAGUUACUCUCUGAGACAAAAUCUCCCAGCCACAGUGACGACUGACCCUACGUGCACACUGUCUGCUCACUCAAUUUGCAAAUCGCUCAAUCUGGAAAGCUCUCGCUGUGCCAAACCUAGCAUGCACAAGGCGUGUCUUCCUAAUCUAUGCCAGCGACAACCAGUGUAGGGGAAACAUCCGUCUCUGCAAAUAUUAAUAAGUACUUAGUAUUUGCUUGACGAUUACGACGAUGCCAUGUCAAUGAUUUGUCAAUGUUAAAAUAGCAAUUUACUUCAUUUUACAUUAUUCAUGUAUCACUCAACCAUGAUCCCAACAAUCUCUGAAACUUUCCAUCCCACCUGAGCAGGGACAGCUCGCCAGAGAUUGAGCGAUUUCCAAGUUGAGCGAGCCGGGUGUGUGCACGUAACAUUAAGAGGUCUACGACAGACGCUAGAGCCCAUGGGUUUUUUGCUAGAGCGCCCCACACCCAUCCUGAGGAACCGGGUUUGAGUCAGAGUAGGACCUGUUAUACUGGUGCCGUGACCCGGAUGAGUAACAGAGGACAGUGUAAACCUCACUCCCCAAUGCCUUAAGAGGUGCUCUUGUGACAGAUGCUAGAGCCCAUGGGUUUCAGCCUCCAUGCUAGUGCGACUGCCUCCCAUGCCGGAGGACCCAGGUUCAAGUCAGUGUGGGACCAGUUACAUAAAAUCUUGAACUUAGAAGUAUACACCAUUCUUUUGCAAAUAGCUUUUGUAAUGAAAAUUAUUUGAAUGUACUAUUUGUCUCUGCUUUGUUAGUGAAUAUAAAGCAUGUCAAAGUUUUCAUAACUUUUUUUAUACCUUCUUUACUGAAACUGACAGUCAAUAGCCUAGACAUUGGCUACAUGCUUAAAUAUAUAAUGAAAACAUUUAUGUCAAUGCUGAUUACUGACUCCACUUGACAGCUGCAUGGUGCACAACAACACUUCAUGAGUAAAAUGGCAUGACCUGCAUUCUUUAAGUGACAGAUAGUGAAAGCAGGCCAAAUCUAAUUAUAACCCUUUGCCUGGAGUCCUAACAAACAACAUGCACUCUAUCCUGGCAAUGGGAUACCUCAGACUUCCAUGUGACAAAAUUGUGAUAGCAAUGAGAUAUGAUACCAACCCAAUCUACAUUAAAACUACACAAUACCAAACAGGAGCCACUGAGGAGAAAGCUGCAUAUUUUAAACAUUCAGUCUUCCUGAGAGUAUGUUAACUGUUUAAUAGAAUCUGUCCACAGAUUAUUUUCCACUAGAGGGCAAUGGUAGUGCUAAUGCCAUAUGCAUUCUGUAUAUUCACUAGUAACAAAAAGAUGGAUAAAAUAAAUUAAAAGCUAGAACACUUAAUAGUCAGUGAUAAGAACAACAACAAUUAAUAACAACAAAUACAUACACAAUCACACAAAUAACAAUAACUCGUCCACUAUACAGGGAGCACCAGUGCCAAGUCAAUAUGUCGUGGUACAACUUUGUUUAGGUUCAUGUACAUAAGGGUACGGUUAAGUGACUAGGCAACAGAUAAUACACAAGAAACAGUGGUUGCAGUGAUUAAUGUGACUAGCCUGAAAGUGUGUGUGUCUGAGUGGAGUCAGUUGGCAUGUGUGCACAGGUUAUGUGAUAACAUUUGUUUGUGUGUGUGUGUGUGAGUGUGUCAACACUAAAGAGAAAAGAUGGAUAGAUGUGGAUAGCAGGGGAGGCAUUUGAUAAUUGUCAGUGUGGUUUAACAGAUACAGACCUGAGGCACUUGUAUGGUAUGACUUAUGCGAUGUUCAGUGCUGUGGGUUAGUGGUUGGGGUCAUUCUUUUUGGGGCCUUCCUCUGACACUGUGGUGUGGAGGAGGCCGGGACGGCUGGGAUUUGCACCAUUUGCACCAGCCUGAAAAGUGACUUGCAAUCGAGGCCCAUGUAGUUGCCAUACUGUACCAAGGGAUGAUGCAGCCAUGCCAAAAUGCUGUCACUGGUAUAUGUUUUUGAGGAUGUGAGGGCCCAUGCCAAGUUCCUUCAGCCUGCUUAGGGUGAAGCAGGGUCAUUGCCAGGAAUCCCUGCCAAGCCAUGGGCCAUGUGAAUCAUAUCCACUUUUCCCUGCAUUUGGUAUGGCCCUGGGAGAAGAUACACUGAAGUGCCUCCUUCCUAGUUUUCUGGGUGUGUGUGGACCAUGUUUGUUUAUUGGUGAUGUGGACACAGAGGAACUUUAAGGUCUCUGUUCAAUCCACUUCAACUUUGCCCUUCCCUUUCCUAGACAAUGGUCAGUUCGUUCAUCUUGCUGAUGUUGAAGGAGAGAUUGUCGUCUUGGCACCACACUCAAAUAUCUGACCUACUACUUAUAGGCCUAGGCUCUUCCAUCGUAAUUGGUGAUUUGGCCUACCACGUGAUCACCAUUCCAUCUAAGAUAUCAUAUUCUCAGCUUCAUUUGUAGUUUCAAAUGUUGUGGAAUGUUUUUGGCAGAUUAUUUGUAUGCUAUAUAGAAAAGACUAUAUAAAACAUACCAACACUGCCAUUUUCAUACAGACUAAGGAUAAGCCAUUCUAUGUCAGCAUAUGAUCCAAUUUACAACAUACAGUUGUUCUCAAAAGUUUGCAUACCCUUGGAGAAUUGGUAAUAUAUGUACCAUGUGUAAAGAAAAAAUGAGUGAGCAGGCAAAACACUUAUUUUAUUUCUUAUGGGAUUCACAUUCAGGUCACAUUCAGGUAGGUCUUAAAAGAAUGGCAGAAUCCUAAAACAAA